GUGCAAUAGAUUUUACCCUAGAGGUCAGUUACAAAGAGACCCUACUCGAAUACUUCGCUGCCAAUAAUUCACGUUAUAAAUGGAGACCAAGCAGACCAAGAAACCGUUGAGGGACCGAAACGUGACUAAACCUAUGACCACUGCUCCCUUAGCAAAACCGGAUGUCCAGCUACCUAAGUGGACACUGCAAAAUUUUGAGAUUGGCCGUCUAUUGGGAGAGGGGAAAUAUGCAAAUGUUUGUCUUGCUAGAGAGAAAAAAUCUAAAUUUGUGGUAGCCCUUAAAGUGCUAAAAAAGUUACAGCUCAAAAAGAAUCACCUAGAACAUCAGCUUCAAAGAGAAAUUGAGAUUCAAUCACAUUUGAGGCAUCUCAACAUUUUAAGGAUGUAUGGUUUCUUUAAUGAUGAAAUCAACAUCUAUUUGAUUUUAGAAUAUGCAUCAAAGGGAGAAAUGUAUAAAUUUUUGAAGAAACAGCCUUUGAAUCACUUUGAAGAACCAAGUGUGGCAAACUACAUGGCUCAGUUGGCUGAUGCUUUGAUGUACUGCCAUGGACGAAAAGUAAUCCAUCGCGAUAUUAAACCUGAGAACCUCCUGAUAGGAGAAAACGGAGAUGAAAAAAUUGCAGACUUUGGUUGGUCUGUUCAUGCUCCAUCUUCAAGACGAACUACUGUGUGCGGAACGCGUGAAUACUUGACCCCGGAAAUGGUUGAAGGCAGAUCUCACAAAUAUCUCAGAAAAAUUGAAUUCUUUAAGGGCUACCACAAAUUGAGAUUUUUUCUCUCUAGCAAGAUAAACAUUUGCAUAUUUUCCCUCUCCCAAUAGACGGCCAAUCUCAAAAUUUUCCAAUGUCCACCUGUGUUUACCAAAGAUUAGAGGAUACACCAAUGUACAAAUGUUAGGAUCCACUUCUUAAUUGCCUGAACAAUAAUAAGCAUACUUAGGGUUGUACCAGACGGUCUUUUUA